AACGGGUCCUUCCGUAGUUGCAAUCCUUAAAUUUUCCAUGCAAAAAAUGGUUUUUGAUAUCCAUGGCAAUAGGAAUGGAAGCUCAGAAUAUUCCAAAUGCAGCACUUUCCUUGAUAAAUCAAGAUCAAAUCCGCCAGGCGAUAAUUAGGUUCGAUCAAAUCCACCAAUCUGGGCUGAAAGUCACAUUGAAUCAUAUCUCCCUUCAGCAUUUAUUAGAGUCUCGACUGAGCUGCUGCCACUAAAGACGCAGGGCAAGCUCGUUUCAUGUUCUUGAAACAUGGGGUUUAAUUGAGGGAGUGCGUUGAUGAAAUCUCUUCAUGAUUUCUAUUGGAAACGAAUUCGCUUACGGGGAGCUCGCAAGGUGUUCGAUGAAAUGCGUCACAGAAACUUCCUUUCUGGAUAGUGUCGGUUUAGACGUUAGUUAGCUUUGGAGAUAAUCAAAAUGUUCAUCAGUGUGUCUCUACGCGAUAUAGGAUGGUGGAAUUCGUUAGUUUCUAUUGUGGGAAAAAGAAAAGAAAUAAAGAAAGAAAAAAACCAUAUGCCAUGUGACAGUAACAAGAAAGGAAAAGAAUGAAAUGCCUAGGCUAAAUGUUUGGUCAGUUUUGAUCAGAGUAAAGCCAAAGCUAGAGAGAAGAAAUUCUUUCCUGCAAGAAACCAUCGCUCUCAAAAGUUCACCAGUGGCUUUUGUAUUCUGAUCAAGUGAGGUUGCUUCCAGUUCACCCCUCUAAAUAUCUGAAAGUGGGGAGUUUGCUCUCAUCUCAAUUUUCAUGAUUUCCAAGCCAUUAACUCUUUCAAGUCUUAUCUAAUAAUUCUUUAAAUCUUGCACGUAUAUAGUGGCUGGGACACGGAGAUAUGAUGUUGAUCAUAUCACAAUUUUAUAUUGGGUGGAUAAGGCUGUAGGGAUUAUAUAUAUGUACUGAUAUCUAGCCCCAUUUUAGACUCUGCUAAAUCACUUUUCACAUGGCCACCCACGAAAACAUUUCCUUCUCUUUGGAUAAGAAAAAAGUUGUGCUUGUAAAACCCUCCAAACCCACACCAUCGGAGGUUCUUUCUUUUUCCACCAUUGACAAUGAUCCCAAUGUUGAGCUGAUCUGCCAAACAAUUUAUGCGUAUCAAGAGAACAAUGUCAUUGUUUCCUCUAUGAAUGGUGACACUACCGAUAGAGUUAAUAGAAACCAAAUAAUAUUUAGUAACCAAAAGGACCCAGCUGCUAUAAUUGAGGAAGCUCUCACAAAAGUUCUGGUUUACUACUAUCCCUUGGCAGGGAAGCUGAAGAGACAAAGCCAUGAUGGGAAGCUCCAAAUCAACUGCAAUGCUGAUGGGGUGCCUUUCUUAGUGGCAACUGCCGAUUGCCAGCUCUCUUCCCUUCGUUAUUUAGAUGGAAUUGAUGUCGAAACAGCAAAAAAGUUUGUGUUUAAUUAUCCAUCAGAUGAUUCUAACAUUGGUUAUCAUCCUCUAGUUUUGCAGGUAACAAAAUUUUCUUGUGGGGGAUUCACAAUUGGGAUGGGACUGUCUCAUGCAAUGUGUGAUGGGUUUGGUGCUGCUCAGUUUUUUAGAGCCUUAGCCGAGCUUGCAAGUGGAAAAAGUGAGCCAACGGUGAAGCCUGUAUGGGAAAGGGAGAGAUUGGCAGCUAAACCUACAGAAGGACCUUUCCAGUUUCCUCUAGACCUGGCUUCGAUUGCAACUUCACCAUAUGUGCCUUCUGCUGACAUGGCGCAUGAAUGCUUUAAUGUCAACUCUGACAGCAUAACAAGACUCAAAAUGAGCUUGAUGAAAGAAGCUGAUCAUCAUGAUCAGAAUCUUGACCAUCAAACAAUAAAAGAAAGUUUCACCACACUCGAGGUCGUUGGUGCCUAUGUUUGGAGGUCAAGACUCAGAGCCCUAAACCUGAAUCCAGAUGGGAAAACUAUCUUCAGCGUAGUCGUAGGGCUCAGGCGCAUUUUCAACCCACCUUUACCUGAUGGAUACUAUGGUAAUGCCUUUGUUUCAGCAAACGUCGUCUUAACAGUAAAAGACCUUAAUGAGUCUCCACUCUCCAAAACUGUGCAGCUUAUCAAAGAAAGCAAGAAGCUCUCUUCUACAAAUGAGUAUGUAAAGAAGGCACUUAGCGAUUUAGAAAGAAUGAGGGAGCUUAACGUGAAGAUUGGAGGAGGGACUGGUUCAAUGAUGAUGUUAACAGAUUGGAGGCAACUGGGUGUCAUAGAAGAAGUUGAUUUUGGAUGGAAAGGAUCAGUGAACAUAAUACCGGUGCCAUGGAAUAUGUUUGGGUAUAUAGAUUUGUGUAUGUUCUUGCCGCCUUGCAAACUGGAUCCUUCAAUGAAAGGUGGGGUUAGGGUGCUUGUUUGUCUGCCAAGAGCUGCCAUGGCUAAGUUCAAGGAAGAGAUGGAUGCCCUCAAAGUUGGACAAGCUGGUGCUGCAGGGGCUUAAUUAAUUUAAGUGUUAUUGGUUUGAGAAUUGUAUAAAUUAUCAACUGGGUGCAACAGAGAUAUAUAUCCGCAUAUAUAUUUAUGUUUGUGUUUGUUAUUGUGAGUGAGCUAUAAUGUAGAAGUCCUUUCUUCUUAACUGUAA